AUUGAAUAGAACACGUGGGUAGAGAGGCUGAUUCGUGGAUUUAGAUUAAAUAUUCGCAUACUCACAAAAGCAUCUCUUCCAUCUCUAAAGCUCAUUGCAUACCCUCGCUUCUCACAAAGCUAACCAUUUCACUUCCAUCUUCAAGAUCCUGCAAGUCCUCUCUCUAUUCACCAUCAACUAGGGUGGUGGAACACAGAAUGGGGAAAAUUCAGCUUAGUCUGCAAUGCAGGGAAAGUUAUAGUUCCUGAUAUGUAUUUUGCUUGUUAUGUCUCCUUGUUGGUGUGAUGAAACAAGUCAGAAUGCAGGUUUUUUGGCAGAGGGAAUAAAUUAUUAGAAUAAGGAAAAUAAGGGAGAUGCUUGGUGCUUUGACAUGGUUUUUGAAUUUGUUUUAUAUUUGGUGAUAUAACCUACGUUCUGAAAAUGGGAAGUCCUGACAUUGACAAGUCUGAAGAAACCAAUAGACAUAUUGACAGUAACACAACAAAAUGCAACUCUAAACAACAGACUGUAGAGAAAGCUAAUGAACGUCCUGAAUGGUUACCUGAUGGCUGGAAUGUGGAAUUCAGAACCCGUAAAAGUGGUGCACUUAUGGGAUCUGGAUAUAAGUGUUACAUUGAUCCGUUGAAUGGAUACAAAUUCUACUCAAAACCAGAGGUAUUACGAUAUCUUGAAACUAUAAAGGACAAGGAUAACAGCUGCACUUUAAAGAAGGAGAAGAAACGCACCAACAUGCAUUCUCCAACUGAUGCUGUGGUUGAGAAGUCUACCUUGGAGGAUUUACCACCUGGAUGGGUAAAAGAAGUAAAGAUUAGGAAGAACAGCAAUGGCAUUCGGAAAGAUCCGUUUUAUAAAGAUCCAGUGAAUGGAUAUGUAUUUCGUUCUAAGAAGGAUGUCCUGCGCUAUCUUGAAUCUGGAGAUAUACGUUCAUGUGCAUUUAGGCCAAGUAGAAGGCAAAUCCAAGAUGAGGACAACUUAACUCCAUCACCUGCUGCCAAGGGACAGAAAUGGAAGCGGUCUGCAGCCAAACAACUUUCUGUAGCCUCAAAAAUGCUUAAUAAAAGCAGCUUAAACUUGCCAGGUGUUAGCAGCUCAGGGAAAGGGCAAGAUGGGAAUGUGCGAUCUGGAGUGAUGGUUGCUUCAGUUCUCACUUGUGAAUCUGCUGUAAAGAUGCAUGAUGGAGCUGCAAAUUCUUCUGAAAUGAAGAAAGCAUCUGACCCAGCUAGCUCAGAACUACCAAAAAAUGAAUACUUGAAAGAAUCAGAAAAAGUACCUGCUGCAGGUGGUGUGGAAGAGAAGGAACAUGUGAAUAUGACGGAGAAUGCUAAUGAAAAGAAUUACAGUAACCAUAGUAUAUCCAAAAACAAGGAGUUCAAUGUGCGUCAUCGGUUUUCACCAAGACUUGCUGGAAUUAAACCUGUUCAGUCAGUCAACAAUGUGAUCGAUGAACAGACUCUUCAGGUUCCAAAAAGAAACUCGAGGAAAAGUAGAGACACUCUAGAUGUUGAUAUGGAAAAUAAAUUAUCUCAGCAUUUCAAUGGUGUCCCAGAAAUUGAGCACAUGCAUGAAAUGCAACAAGAGGUAAAGAACAUAAGCAACAAUAUUUCUGAAGACCAAGCAGUUUCCAAAGAACAGCCAUGUCAACAUGAAACAGAUAAAAUAGAAGACAAUGAGCCAGAAAUUCAAACUAACUCAAACAAAUCAAGUAAUAAGAAAGGGAACCACAUCCCUCGUCGAGCUUCAAAACGAUUAGCUAGAAUUGAACACGAGUCAACGAACUCCAUAUCCUGUGUAGAAGCAACCAAAUAUGAAAGCAAAAGUUCUGAGGAUGAGGUCAACGUGGAAUUGCAGCAAAGUGAGGGUGGGUCAGUUGCAGUGCUUUCUGAUCAUGCACCAAUGAAUGGAGAGUCAGCGAAUAAAAGAAAAAAGUCUCCUAAAAUCUCAUCUACUGCAGAAAAACAACUAAAGAAACUUGAAGAUGAAGAAAUGUAUGAUGAGAAAUCAGAACAUCAACUGUCCUUUGCAUUUCACUACUCUUGGUCUGACCCAAGCUUGGAAUUUGCAAUCAAUACCCUCACGGGUGUGUUGCCACCAGUUGAGAAUUCAGUUGAUAAUAGACCCACUUCAGUCCCUGAAACUGAGAUUCAAAAACCUUUGAUUGACAAUGUUACAGGACAAAGUGGGAACAGUCAAAACAAUUUGCUUGACACCGAUAUAGGAAGCAGGGACAGAAACUCCCAGGUACGCUCAAAUAAACCAAAGAGAAAGAAAGAGCACAAAGUGCCUAUGCGGUUAUCAAAGCGACUUGCUGGCCUUGAGCCUGAGAUAAUACCUUCUGAAAGAGCUCUUGAAUAUUCCACUCGAAAGUCAUGCAAAGAAGAACCAACUGCAACUGCUAUUUUAACUAAUCGAGUGUCUGACCAUCUUUAUGAUGAGGAGGAAACCAAGCUUACUCUUCAAGCAUCUGACAGUUUGAAAACAGAAGUACUAGGAGAAUCAUCAAAUAAGGGUGAGAAGUCAUGUGAUACCCAAACAGUUCUCAAAGAACAACUGCAGAAAGUUGAAGCUGAAAAUAUUGAUGAUGAGAUAUCGGAGCCACAAUUCCCCUUACCGUUUGGGGACUCUUGGUCGGAUCCAUGCCUAGAAUUUGCAAUCAAGACUCUCACUGGUGCUUUGCCAGUUGAUGCUGGUGCUGACGUUUUGCCUGUUAUGACUCCUGACAUUUAUGACCCACCGUAUGAGGAAUUGCAUGGGAGUGUGGUUACAAGCAUCAAUGAAGUAGCUCAUGAUAACUCAAACCAAUCACAGAACAAGAGAGAACUUAAUAUGACUAGUCAACCUGAGUUGAGGACCAGCUCCACAUCUUGUGAAAAUGCUCCUAAAUUUACAACUAGAGUCUCUUAUGAUCAAGGCAACACAAUAGGGUAUUUGGAUGGAAAACCUCAAUAUUUUAAUGCUGGAAACAUACCACAGCCUGUGCAUCAUUCUACAAAUAUAAACACACUAACAUGUGAAGAGCCAUUAAAGGAAAACGGACAAGUUUUCAAGGGUGAAUCUGUCACAGCAGGGCAACAACUGAUUGAAACUGAAACUAUAAACAAUGAUAAUUCUGAAUUGCAGUUUUGUGCGUCGUUUAUGAAUUCUUGGUCAGACCCAUGCCUAGAAUUUGCAUUUAAGACCCUUACAGGCGUGAUACCAGUAGAGGAAAAUUUACCCAUGCAAGGAUGUUUCCAGGAACCUGCUAACUAUCAUGAACGAAAGCAUGGUGGCUCAACAUUGCCAGAUUUUGGAUCUUCCAGCUUUUCUCAAAAUGAUAUUUCAUUUCACUAUGAUACAGGAGUGAAGUCAAUGCAAGGGCAGCAGUCAUCAACGAGCUCUUCAUUCCUACCUUUGGAAAAAGCAAGCCUGCAAGGUUUCCCUGAAGUUGAUCCUAAAAAACACUAUCCUCAGUGCAACAAUACUUUUCAAAAAAAGGUAAACUAGUUAUACAUUUGUUGCUACCCCAAAGAUAACUACUAUUUGUAUCUGAUUAUACUUUUGUAGACUGCAAAAUCAUUGUCAUGAAGUAUCUUUUAUAUUUUCCUGGCGACUUUUGUAAAUACAUUCUGAUCAAGGUCUGGCUUAGUGUUUUGCUUUGUUGAGAAGAUAUAGGUGAGCAAAGCAAGGAGGUACAGCAGUCCAAGUGCUGUGUUGUGAGAAGGUUAGCUAGCUACUGUAGUUUGUAUCUCUAGUUAUUUAGUUCAAGUAAUAUUAUUUCUUUCCCCUUCAGAAAAUGCUGUAAAAGGCAUCAGUUUACAAUUGCGUGUUUAGAUUAGCUUAUUUUUAGGAAAUAAUUAUUUUUUAAUUUUGUUUCUCGAGAGCUUUGGAAUUAAAAAAAAAAAAAAACUAUUAUACCAGCUCAUAAUUAAAAUACUAUAAAAAAUGGUUAUUC